GUAGACACUGCACUAUCGCGAACCAUCAUUGUGCCCUGUUUGUAAAUAGGUGAGGAACAAUGGACCCCUGCCAGGACAUACGACUUCAGAUCCAGACCGACCUGCUCACCUGUCCUCUGUGCAGACGUCCUUACGUCAAGCCGCGCACCUUGCCGUGCCACCACACCUUCUGCGAGACGUGCGUCGCCAGGUGUGCCGGGAACUACCUGACGUUCCCCUGCCCGUCCUGCCGUCGUGACGCCGCCGUCCCCGUCAGCGGGGUGCCCGGCUUUCCCGAGGACGUGUUCCUCAGCAGACUGUCCUUCAAGAUCAGGACCAUAGAGGAGCCUUACGUCACGCCCUUCGUCAUCAACGAAUGUCUGACUCACCAGAGACAAGCCAUAAGGUUUUACUGCCAGACGUGUGAGAAGCCGCUGUGCCGGGAGUGUCCCAGGGGGAACCACAACUCCCACAAGGUGUGUCACAUAGAGGAGCAGAUAGAGAGGAUGAAGGAACGAGUCGGCACCGCCCUGUCCGACCAGCGGCAGAGGUCUGCUACAGCCGUCACCAGUCUACAGGUGGUCAGAGACUCCAUCACCGAGAUCCUGCCGCAGAAACAAGCCAUGGAACGUCACAUCGAAGCGCUGGUGCACGAACGAAUACAAGCUAUCCAACUAGAAGGAGAGACACUUCAGGAAGAGCUAGACUCGCUGUACGAUGGGCAUCUUUCUGAGCUGACUGAGAGGAAGAAGGACUUGGAAAGCACGGUGGAAACUCUGCUGACGUUUGACGUUGAAGCGGAGAGAGAGCUGGCUCGAGGCGGGCUGGUGGACGUCAACCGGCACGGAGAGAUAUUAGAGAAGCUGAAAAUAAUGUACGAGACCAUGAACAGACCUCUAAAAAAUCCACCGGGAUUUGAGGCAACGUUCGUACCAGUGGACAUUGGCUCAGACCCUCUUGUAGGAUUCUUUGAUGAAAAAGGCGAUGGACUAAGUGACGGAAUAGACAGCCCUGAGAUCACAACGCAGUCGUCCGAAGAUGUCUCCCAUGUAGAAGAACAUACCUUUAAGUUUGAGUCCGUUUCUCCCGACGGCCAAGAUGACAAAGAUAUUCGGAACGGCCACGAAACUGCGUCUUCGCUGAAGGACGACUGGGAAAAGGUCGAACUUCGCAAUGGGUCUAACCGGGACGGGUUAACCAGUCAAAAUGCGGCGAGGAGAAGCACGAGUGACACGGGCGCAGCAGCCGUGGAUAGCGGCGCAAAGUUUGGGUUAUCAGACACAGGAGUCCAAAGGAAGGGAUCAGGGCGAUCCAACGAUUCAAGACAAUCUUCGGCGUCCAGCACAGGUAAUUCUUCGGGGAUUGAGGACACGAGAGCCCGCCCAGCCUCAGUUGGCUACAGCGGUGACAAACGCACGAGAGGAUCGGUUCCCGACCACAGAGUUGAUGAAACGCAGAGCGAGCGACUCAAGUCUGUGCCAAGUAUGAGACGGCAACUGAGUGAACCUGCCAGGCCUACCCAGGGAACGGACACAGCGACGGGCCCCACUCUAUCAAGGGCGACAUCUAGCGGUCCUCCUACGCCUCUCAAAAUGCCGAACACAAUGACCAAUAUAUCAGACGAUAGGGUAAAACUCAACCAGCCGUAUGGCGUGACAGUGUCACGUGACGGACUCAUAGCUGUGGUGGACCAGAGAGGAGAACAGUCAAAGUUUGAAUCCACGGUGGUUCAUCUGUUUGACCAAUCAGGAGCCUUCAUCAGGAGCUUUGAUGCUCCGGGCUGUCACCAGGUGGAUGUAGACCUGGAAGGACGACUUCUCCUGACCAACUCGGUGCGGCGCCAAGUUGACGUGUUCGACACCAAAGGGACGCUACUCCAGAGCUUCGGCACGUUCACCUUCCCGAUGGGCAUUGCGGUGUCUCCGACAGACGGUACCACCUACGUCACGGACCCGCCGGGGGACAGGAUCUGCGUCUACGGACCCGACAUGGCGCUGCUUCGGAAAGUCGGCUCGCCGCACAGUCGGCUCGACGAACGCUUCCGAUCGCCCUACUUCGUGUCUUCGGACGCCUCCGGGAGGAUUCUCGUGUCCGAUCUCAGCAACCACUGCGUCAAGGUCAUGGAUUCAGAUUGCAAGCUGCAGCUGAAGCUCGGGACCCAGGGAAGCCGUGCCGGACAGCUCCAGUACCCGUGCGGCGUCGCCGUCGACCACAGAGGCAACUUCAUCGUCGUCGAUCACGGAAACAGCCGAGUGCUGGUGUUCGACUCUUCGGGAAACUUCGUGAAGACGAUCAUGACCCGAGAGCACGGAUUGGUGAAGCCCGCCGAUGUAGCGGUCCUACCGAACGGCAACAUAGUGCUGACGGAUAUGAAAGGAGGCGUCGUAUACAUCUUGCACUCUUACUAAAUGUGAAUCCCCUAAUAGUAAAUUCCCCUGCUUUAGAUACUUGAAUAGGAAAGAGAAAUUUAUAGUCCUUACAUCAUUCGAAAAACCAUCUCUAACAAAUUAUACAGCCUCCUACAUUUAUACAAUUACCAUGGAGCGAGAGGUAGUCAAAAGUACUACUAAGUAUAUUAGAAGUUUAUAUAUUGAUUGUUAAAGCGAUAUUUAUGUAAGAUUUUCGCUAUUUUGAACACCGUUGCUUUACACAUUUUCUGGCACUAUAAGCCUACCAUACCCUUAUUGUCAUCUUUGGGCAUGUUUUGUUUAUUUGUACCACUAUGUUUGUACUAAGCACUAUCAUCAUAUCAUUGUGUGGCUUUUCUUCUUGGUUGGUGUUCUUUUGC